AUGCAUUCGCUAUGGCUUUGUGUGUUGGGAGCUUCACAGCUAUGUAAAGCCGCGCCCCGCCCUCUUAUCGAACAAUCAGUCUUCACUCUGCAUGAGCAAUCAUUCUCGCCUGGUAAUGGCGGCCGUUCCAUGCCUGUGAGCCAUUACAACAUAACAUUCGACAAUGUCAAACUAGACAAGAAAGCCAAGCAGAAGCUGGACCAUCUGGAUCCUCUGGAGUUCAUUCGAUACGAUAUUGUGAACACUUCUCUAGCCGUAGAGCAGGAUCUCCUUUCGCCAAACGACGCGGACUGCGCCGUUGUGGGCACCAACGCCAUCUUUACCGCUGCAGAUCGAUAUGGCUCUCCUUCCAGAGUAGAGUUCGACCCGGAUACUGCGAAGCUGUAUAACACGUCGCAUUUCUUCGACUUCAAAGGCAUGACCUUCAAGCCACUGGGACCGGCUCCUCGGGGCAUCGUUGCGGGAGUUUACGCCUGGAUGAUCCAAGAUGGAAAGGCCCUGCAUGUGUACAGUGCUUUCGCUGUUUGGGGAGCCAGUGGAUACCUCCAUCCUAUAGUCGCCGAUUUCCCGGAAUAUUGGCCUGAGUGGGGUGUGGAUGUCAAUAUGAUUGAGAUCUCGGCGAGGGAUCCGCAAGGGAAAAGACCAUGGCCGCUGUGUGUUGGGAGGAUUGAGCUUAUGCUGAAGGAACGGCAGGGAGAAUGA